AUGGCAAAGGUAUGCAUUUUCAUCAUUUUCCUCUUGCUCUUGAAGCUCCCUCUCAUCAAGUGCAGUUUGACAGAAAGCAGGUGCUUUUGGAGACUAGAACAUAAUGAAGACAACAAUGGAGAUAUGCAAAGUGAUUGUGGCUUCGUCUUUUUCACAAUACCAUGGCAAUUAGAAGAUGGUUAUUUCAGAGUACUACUAGAUUCUAAUUUGCCAAUCAAAAUAUAUGAAUUUGUUCUGGCAAUGCUUUUUGCCAUUGAGGAGAUCAACAGGAACCCUGAUCUUUUACCCAAUGUGACUUUGUCAUUUACCUUAUUUGGUGCCCAUUGUGAUAGUACAACAACAGAAGUCAAUUCCCUAAAUUUGUUUUCAAAAUAUGAAUUAAUUAAUCCUAAUUACAUCUGUGCUAUGAGCUCAUGUGAUGUAAUACUCACAGGACCAAGCUGGACAGCAUCAACCAAAAUUGGAACACUCCUAUGGCUCUUCAACUAUCCACAGAUUACCUAUGGACCAUUUCAUCCUAUUCUGAGUGACUAUGACAGGUUUCCUCAUCUAUAUCAGAUGGCACCAAGGGAUACAUAUCUGCCUCUUGCCAUGGUCUCCUUGCUGCUUCAUUUCAAAUGGACCUGGGUGGGGCUGGUCAUCACUGAUGAUGACCAAGGUGUUCAGUUUUUCUCAAACUUGAGACAAGAGAUGCAUAGAAAUGAAAUCUGUUUAGCCUUUGUGAAUGUGAUCCCAGUUAACAUGCAGGUAUACAUAAUGAGGGCUGAAACAUAUUAUAACCAAAUUGUGACAUCAUCAGCAAAAGUUGUUAUCAUUUAUGGUGAGAAGAAUUCUACUCUAGAAGUGAGCUUUAGAAGAUGGGAAUGUUUAGGCACACAGAGAAUCUGGGUCACCACCUCAAAAUGGAAUACUUUAACAAGGAAGAGAGAUUUUAACCUAGACUUAUGCCUCAAUACUUUCAUUUUUUCACACCACCAUCAUGAAAUUUCUAGUUUUAAAAAUUUCAUACAGACAGUGAACUUUUCCACAUACCCAAAUGGCAUCACUUUGAAGCAACUGAGUUGGAUGUAUUUUAAUUGUUCAACCUCUAUAUCUUACUGUAAAACAAUGAAUAAUUGUUCAUCAGACACUAUAUUGGAAUGGUUACUACAGCACAGUUUUGACAUGUCAAUGAAUGAUGACUGCUACAAUAUUUACAAUGCUGCAUAUGCUGUGGCCCAUGCCUUCCAUGAGAAGCUUAUUCAACAGGUAGAUAUCAGAGGAAUGGAAAAACAGACACAUUUAAUGCAUGAGUGCUCACAGUUACAUGCCAUUAUGAAGAGCAUCCAAUUUACUAACCCUAUUGGAGACCCAGUGAAUAUGAACCAGAGAGAAAAAAUAGAUGCAAUGUAUGACAUUCUCAACUUUUGGAAUUUUCCACAAAGUCUCAGAAUAAAGGUGAAAAUUGGGGAGUUUUCACCAUAUUUUACACAUGAUCAACAAUUGUAUAUAUCCAAAGAGAUGAUAGAGUGGGCCACAGGAAACAGACAGAUUCCUAUUUCUGUGUGCAGUAUGACUUGUAGUCCUGGUUUCAGGAAAUCCCAUCAGGAGGGAAGAGCAGCCUGCUGUUUUGAUUGCUCCCCAUGCCCAGUAAAUGAGAUUUCUAAUGCUACAGGUAUGGAUCAAUGUGUGAAGUGUCCAGAUGAACAGUAUGCCAACAAAGAGCACAAUUGCUGCUUGCCCAAAGCUGUGACAUUUCUGGCUUAUGAAGACUCCUUAGGAAUGUCUCUGGCCUGCAUGGCCUUGGGUUUCUCAGCACUCACAACUCUUGUUUUGGGGAUAUUUUUGAAGCACCAAGACACUCCCAUUGUAAAGGCCAAUAAUCGAACUCUCAGCUACAUCCUGCUCAUCUCCCUACUAUUUUGUUUCCUCUGUUCCUUGCUGUUCAUUGGCCAUCCCAACUUGGUUACCUGUAUCCUGCAACAGACCACAUUUGUAGUUUUGUUCACUAUGGCUGUGUCCACAGUCUUGGCCAAAACAAUUACUGUGCUUCUAGCUUUCAAGAUCACUGCUCCAGGAAAAAGGAUGAGGUGGAUGCUAGUAUCAGGAACACUUAACUUCAUCAUUCCCAUCUGCACUCUGAUACAACUAUUUUUCUGUGGAAUCUGGCUGGGAACAUCCCCUCCUUUUGUUGAUACUGAUGCAUACUCUGAACAUGGCCACAUCAUCAUCAUGUGCAACAAAGGCUCAGUCACUGUCUUCUACUGUGUUCUGGGAUAUAUUACAUCUCUUGCUCUAGUGAGCUUCACUGUGGCUUUCUUGGCCAGGAAAUUGCCUGACACAUUCAAUGAAGCCAAAUUCCUGACAUUCAGCAUGCUGGUGUUCUGCAGUGUCUGGGUCACCUUCCUCCUUGUGUACCAAAGCACCAGAGGGAAAUUCAUGGUGGCUGUUGAAGUCUUCUCAAUCUUGGCCUCCAGUGCAGGGCUGCUGGGAUGUAUUUUUGUUCCUAAGUGCUAUAUUAUUUUGUUUCGGCCAAGUAUAAAUUCUCUUCAAAUGUUCAAAAAUAAAAACCAUUCUUCAAAGCAGUACAGUAGGAGUGGAACCAAGAAAAAUAAUGGCAGGAAAUUAUGGUGA